AUGAAUAAUUUAAAGAGAAAAGUUGGAGAUAUCCUUAAUGAUAGUGUUAUUGAAAAAAAAGUACAAAACUCAGGAAAAAAGAAGGCCAAGGUUGCAGCUGGCAAUGGAGAAGGUUCAUCAAAUGUUAAAGAAAAUGGAGAUUCAUUAUCUAAAAAAUCAAAACAAAGACAAAAGACAAAGAGUCCAAGAGAAGCAAAAUUUAAACAAAUUUGUAACAAAGAUACAAAAAAAAGAAUUGAACGAGCUUUAACCCAACGCAUGUAUUUGGUAAACUGUAAAGAAAUCAACCCAACACGACGAGAGUAUACAAUUUUAGGCCCGACUGGAUGUGCUUACACCACAGUCAUUACAAAUACUCU